GUGUGUGCUUGCUGUCUCUCUCUCUCUCCUCACAUCGCUUUCCCCUCUCUUCCCUUGCCGUCUCGUCGCAUCCACCUCGCCACCUUCCCCUCGCGGAUGCGAUUCCCUCUCCCCCACCUCCUCCUCCUCCUCCUCCGCCGCCGCCGCAGCAGCAGCAGCAGCUCGCCGUAGCAAGCAUUGCCGGGGCGCGCGCGAGGCGAGGAGGGAGGGGGGCGCAAAUGGCGAGCGCGUCGGAGGACGACGCCGGGUCGGAGCGCUGCUGCGGGAGCUACAGCCCCAGCGCCGACGUCAGCGAGUCGGAGACCUCCAGCGACUGCUCCGCGCCGACCACCACCACCACCACCACCCGCCGCUUCGCCUCCUCCUCGGCCUCCCGCGGCCUCGCCUCCUCCUCCUCCUCCCUCCUCCCCACCCCGCCCUCCGCCGCCGCCUUCUUCCUCUCCGCCAAGCCCGCCGCCGACCUCUCCGAGGUCGACAUGAUGAAGGAGCGCUUCGCCAAGCUGCUGCUCGGGGAGGACAUGUCCGGGAGCGGCAAGGGCGUCUGCACCGCGCUCGCCAUCUCCAACGCCAUCACCAACCUCUCCGCCACCGUGUUCGGCGAGCUGUGGAGGCUGGAGCCGCUGGCGGCGGUGAGGAAGGCGAUGUGGACGCGGGAGAUGGACUGGCUGCUCUCCGUCGCCGACUCCAUCGUGGAGCUCACCCCGUCGAUCCAGGAGCUCCCCGACGGCGGGGGGCAGUUCGAGGUCAUGGUGCCGCGCCCGCGCAGCGACCUCUACAUGAACCUCCCCGCGCUCAAGAAGCUCGACGCCAUGCUCCUCGCCAUGAUUGAUGGGUUCAAGGAGACGGAGUUCUGGUAUGUGGACAGGGGAAUCGUGGUUGAUGACAGCGGGGGGCCCUUCUCCUCCUCGUCGUCCUCCUGUGGGCGGCCGUCGGUGCGGCAGGAGGAGAAAUGGUGGCUGCCAUGCCCGCGGGUGCCGCCCAAGGGGCUGUCCGAGGAUGCGAGGAGGAAGCUGCAGCAAGACCGGGAUUGUGCGAACCAGAUACUGAAGGCGGCCAUGGCGAUUAACAGUGAUGUCCUUGCUGAGAUGGAGAUCCCGGAAGUGUACUUGGAGUCAUUGCCAAAGAGUGGUAAAUCUUGCCUGGGUGAGAUAAUUUACCGAUAUAUAACAGCUGAGCAGUUCUCACCAGAAUGUCUCCUCGAUUGCUUGGAUCUGUCGUCAGAACACCACACGCUUGAGGUAGCAAACAGAAUAGAGGCUGCCAUCCAUGUUUGGAGACUUAAAGGCCAAAAGAAAUCCACGCCUCAAGCAAAAUCAAAGAAAUCUUGGGGCGGCAAAGUUAAGGGCCUUGUUGGAGAUUCAGAAAAGAGUCAUGUUUUGUCCCAAAGAGCUGAUGGGUUGUUGCAGAGCUUAAGAUUGCGAUACCCUGGUUUGCCACAAACCUCCCUUGACAUGAACAAGAUCCAGUAUAACAAGGACGUUGGGCAGUCCAUACUCGAGAGUUACUCAAGAGUUCUGGAGAGCUUGGCAUUUAACAUAAUUGCCAGAAUUGAUGAUGUAAUUUAUGUGGAUGAUGCAACCAAGAAAUCUGUGGCUUCUGAGUCUGUGUCAAUCUUCAAUCGCGGCAUCGGUGUACCAGUUCAGAAGAGAAUAUCCCCCAGUCCGUUCUCAAUUCAUAAUACACCGUAUGCCUCUCCAUUUGCUACACCCACAUUCUGCUCCUCCACUCCAGUUACAGGCAGCCCUGGAAGAGUACAGCCUCCAUUAAACAAAAACAACUUACCAGCAAAACAAGAAGUUAAAGUCGAGAAGCUGUUUCCUGGUGAUAUAGAGAAAGUCUGGACAUAUGCAGGGAACCUGAGCGCCAGGAAAGACGCAGGAGAUGCCCCUGAAAGGGACUGAAAGGCAAUGAAGAAUGUUCAGAUUUUUAGAGGUGUCUCAGCAAGAUCAACAGGUUUCAACAAAUCCUGUUCUGGUCAUUAGCUAGAUUUUCCCUGUACAGAAGCAACAUGAUUCAAUUUUUUUGUGCUUUCAUAGCGAGCCAAGGGUCGUCUAUCCUUUUACUUACAACAAGUAAAGGAAUGACCCCUGAGUCUUGAUCGCAUCUGAACAAGUCAUAGUUUCACGUAGCUGCCUCUGUCGGACAUGUACUCUCUUGUUCAUGUUUAUACUAGCUGGUUUAGUUAGCAGAAAGUGAUUGUAGUUCAGGUGCU